AUGCGGUUGACAGGCAAUUGCACUCCGCACGCAAACAGUCCACGCGUUGACAAGCGAGGCACAGAGUACUGUCGUGUAAGAUGCGACGACUGGCAAGUGCUUCUCUCGAGGAAAAAGACCUCUAGCGGCAUCCUUCCAAUUGUGAAAGGAGAGGAGAAGAGGCGAUUCUUGCGCGCUCAGCCCCGCUGCAUCUUUUCCCGCGCGCCGCAACUGCUGCUCCGCUCAUGGACACCCUCGCGUCCGUCCGUGACGUGGAUCGACAUGGCUGCAGCUGGAAUUGGAGUGGUCGGACGUGCAGCAGACUGGACAGAUCCAGAACUUCUUUGA